GAUGCGCCGUUCUUGGUUACCAGGCUAAAGAUGGCGGCGGUGUUGGAAAUGGACGGGCCCAGGCCGCACGGAGACCACGGGCAUGAGGUGGAGGAGGAGCUGAUCGACCUGACAGGCCUGUCACCAGAAGAAAGAUGGAGGGUGGAACAUGCACGGAUGCAUGCCAAGCACCGUGGGCACGAAGCGAUGCAUGCAGAGAUGGUGCUCAUUCUCAUUGUUACUUUGGUAGUGGCACAGAUUCUUUUGGUCCAGUGGAAGCAAAGACACGCCAAGUCCUACAACCUGGUGACACUGUUCCAGAUGUGGGUCGUGCCCCUCUAUUUCACAGCUAAGCUGCACUGGUGGAGGUUCCUAGUGAUCUGGGUACUGUUUUCGGUUGUCACGGCCUUUAUUACCUUCCGAGCAACACGGAAGCCACUGGAGAGAACGACACCCAGGUUGGUUUAUAAAUGGUUUCUUCUACUUUACAAACUGAGCUACGCCACUGGCAUUGUGGGAUAUGUUGGAGUCAUGUUCACCCUCUUUGGUAUAAAUUUAUUAUUUAGAAUAAAGCCUGAAGAUGGAAUGGACUUCGGAGUGUCGCUUCUGUUUUAUGGGCUGUAUUAUGGAGUAUUGAGCCGUGACUUUGCGGAAAUGUGUGCAGACUACAUGGCCUCCACAAUAGGGUACUACAAUGCAUCAGGAAUGCCAACCAAGCACCUCUCCAGUGAGAUCUGUGCGGUCUGUGGACAAAAGAUUUUUGUGGAUGUCAACGAGGAAGGAAUCAUAGAAAAUACGUACAAGCUGUCCUGUAACCACGUGUUCCACGAGUUCUGCAUCCGAGGCUGGUGCAUUGUAGGGAAGAAGCAGACCUGUCCGUACUGUAAAGAGAAGGUCGAUCUAAAGAGGAUGUUCAGUAACCCCUGGGAGCGACCUCAUGUCAUGUAUGGCCAGUUACUGGACUGGUUACGUUACUUAGUUGCUUGGCAACCUGUGAUCAUCGGACUGGUUCAAGGCAUCAACUACAGUCUGGGACUGGAAUAAGUUUGCCCCUAUAUCUCCUGAGUUUUUAACCCUCGGCCCCCCUCCCCACCUCCCUGAAACUUCAAUUCCAUGGAUUGCACCGAUCAGAAUGUUUUGUUAAACUCUGUUGGAUGGCCCUGGCAGAGGAGGAGGGCUCCCCUCCUGCCAUUUGGACACUGGGCUCAAAGGAAUAAGAGGACUGGCUUUGCCGACUGCGUUAUUCCCCCCUCUUCCCUCCUAAAGGAUGUCAAGAUUUACAUUCGCCAACUUUUGAUUCCUCCCAAUUUCGAGUGGAGCAGCUUGUGGCUCUGAACAGCCUCCCGAACCUGUGCCAGGCUUGAGGGGCUGGGUAGCCACCUGUUUGUACAACGUCCUCCAUGGCUGCCUCCUGCUCCUGACCACCAGCCUUGAGGGACUAAAUGACCUCUCCGAAUAUGCAGGUUAUUGCAGUGACUGCAAAUCCCGAAUCGUAGGACUGGAUGGUGUUUCAUUCCUUCUGAAGAUUCAAUCUGCCUACGGACUGGAAGUUGUGAAUUUCUUUUUUUUAAAAAAAUAAGUAAAUGGGUUCCCAGCACUUUGCACAUUUAGGGCUAUCUACUCAUUGGUUUGAGGGGAACUCGAGUGCAAUUUAAUGUUUGGAGCUAAGUAACAAGCGUGGCUUUUCUCUGACUGUGGUGGGCACAGGGUGUAGAACAUCGGGAACGCGGGCUGGGAUGUAGUACCGGCUGCUGCAGAGUCCGGGCGGUGACUUGGCGGUUGGGGUGGCCAUCCCCGGCUGGUGAUUUCUGUGGGUCUUGUAGCCAGCUGGGGAUCAGGACCUCCACUGGUUGGAGAGGGGAAUAAAAUCCCAUUCAUCUGGGGUCACUGUGUGUUACAUUGGCCGAAAAUGUUGUCUUCAAGGAAGAGAAAGUUCCUUCGAGGGAGCGGGGGAAGGAGAGCAGAAUGGUCAGGGUUCUGGUUCCACAAGAAGCAAAACAUUCUCAAAAGGUUGAAAUCCAUCCUUUUUUUAUACUACAUGUGUAUAUAGAGAAAAAGCUGUAUUUUUACACUCUGAUCUUUUGUAUUGGAUUGCUUGGGAGUUGAUCAGCAGUUCAUUGGGAUCUCAUCCCCUCCCUUCUUCCCUCACACCUCCCCCACCCCCUCCCAAGUCUCUACACCAAUGUCCAAACAUCCAGGGAAUGCGUGUGGUCAGGUUUUCUCCAGGUGAUGACGGCAGAGGUGGAGGUAAAUGUAGGUGGACUUGGGUGCCCUUCUGUUCGUUAAUGGCGGCUUUUACAGGCGUGAUGGAGUGACGUUUCUGAUGCUGGGAGGGAGGAUUGGACUUUAUUGGGGGGGGGGGGGGGGGGAAUGUUGUCUGCAAAAGUGGCGUCAGUCCAGCUGGGUAAAGGAGAGACCAGAUGCCCCGACCUCUGGUCUCCCUUCAGUGAAGUGGCUUUCACUGCCCUUAAGGUGGGCAUUAGUGGUCUCUGUGCCCUGGGCUGUGAGGAAGUUACAGACUCAGCUGCUGCCUCCCAGUGAAUCCCACCCACCCUAACUGUAAAGUGCAGAUGUCUGAAUCUUGUGUGUGUCAGAUCAGUCCCGCAUGGAGCAGCACAGGGCAGAGAGAUGCCCGUGAAGCACUGAGCUCCCUGUUGUGACUGGAUGGAUGGAAGCAAUUAGGAUAGUCAAUGGAACACUGGUCACUGCCAGUGAACAGCUCUCUGGCCCUUAGCUUGAGAUAAAGCCACCAUGUUUGCUCAUUGGUACAAGGCUCACUAUCCCAGCUAACACCACAUCCAGUCUUUGUUCAUUGUCGGUCCUCUGUCAGAAUCCACAAUCGGGGUUGGUUGGAUAAUAAAUCCUUUCAGUCAAUGUUGGCCGCAGUUCCUUGUGGCCACGGUGUUUGCUUCCCCUUCCCUCUCUCGCCCGGAAAUAGAAUGGCAUGGUCAGUAUUGCCUGUGCUGAAACCUCACUGCAGUGUUCUGGUCCUGUAAAACAAACUGGUGCAAUUCAUACCAAUAAACAACGUAGACGUU